GCAGCAGCCAGUUCACACUGUGUCGCUGUCGCCCAUUACUGCUCCGUCGUUGUUCACAGCGACGCCAACGCUGCACCCAGACCCCGCGAGAUCCAGAGCCUAGCACUAGCAGGUCGGGGAGGAAGAAGGUCCAGGACCCGCGAGGCAGGGAGGCGAUGGCGGGCAGCGGAGGCGGCGCGUACAGGGCGGAGGACGACUACGACUACCUCUUCAAGGCGGUGAUCAUCGGCGACUCCGGCGUCGGCAAGUCCAACCUGCUCUCGCGCUUCACCAAGAACGAGUUCUGCCUCGAAUCCAAGUCCACCAUCGGGGUCGAGUUCGCCACCCGCAGCCUCCAGGUCGACGGCAAGGUCGUCAAGGCCCAGAUUUGGGACACCGCCGGCCAGGAGAGAUACCGUGCUAUCACAAGUGCCUAUUAUAGAGGAGCAGUAGGCGCGUUGCUUGUGUAUGAUGUCACUCGCCGUGCUACAUUCGACAAUGUGGCACGCUGGCUAAAAGAGCUGAGAGAUCACACUGAUGCUAGCAUUGUUGUCAUGUUAGUUGGCAACAAAUCUGAUCUUCGUCACCUGGUGGCUGUUUCAACUGAAGAUGGGCAGGAAUAUGCUGAGGCGGAGUCACUGUACUUCAUGGAAACAUCUGCAUUAGACGCGACAAAUGUAGACAACGCUUUCUCAGAAGUUUUGACUCAGAUAUAC